GAGAUAAGGAACGGACCAGUGGGGAGUGUCGGACACAGCUCGCAUUAAGACUCGGUCACAAAGCAGAAGGACAUCGAACAUUAACUCUGAGUGUGUUGUCUCAGCCGCCACCACUGGAGCUCCUGCACUUCAGCUCUGAGCUGGGAAUAUCUCUCCUGUGACGAGAUGGAUAUGUUGAAAGAAUUAAGAAGUAAGCUCUUCCUCCUCUUCAUUAGCACCUUCGUCUUCCUCUGCAUCGUCAAUCUGAGACUACCCAGGAUUCACAGGUCUCUCCCGAACCCACGCAGUGGUCACAAAACUUGUCCUUUUCAUGUCUCUGGUCAGACCAUCACCCCCCUCAACAACACCAAGCACCUACUGGUGUCGGCCUUCAUGGAUCAGAGGGGGAAGGGCUUUGAUAUACGCAUCAUUGGCAUCUUCAGGAGAGACUCCAUCCAACCCCUUCACUGUCGCUUCUGCUGUGCGGGUUUCUUGUCGAUCACAACUCCAGCAAACAUUUUACAACACACAGACCACUUUGGAUUUGCCUUCGCCACUACGGAUGUCAUGUGUCCGAUUCCUGAAAACUGCAACGCUACACAUGUCACUCUUCUCACUCAGCCAGAGAGUGGGAUUGCACCCAAACAGAUUUGGCUCCCCAUAAGAAACAGAAAGACCAACGUGGACGAGGAGGAAAAGUUGCAGUUUAACUUCACAGUCUGCAUCUCCAACCUGUUUGCAGACUACAACAACGUGCUUCAGUUCGCCCAGACCCUGGAGAUGUACAGGUUGCUUGGUGUGGACAGAGUGGUGAUCUAUAACACCAGCUGUGGCCCAGAACUCGAGCGUCUGUUGCAGAUCUACAGCCAGGACGGCUUCGUGGAGAUGGUUCCUUGGCCCAUCCACCAUCAUCUGAAUCCAUCUAAAGGCUGGCUGUUCUCGGAGCAUGGAGGGGACUUGCACUACUUUGGCCAGUUAACCACGCUCAAUGAGUGCAUUUACAGAUCCAUGGAGCGUUCACGCUACGUCCUGCUGAAUGACAUUGAUGAGAUUGUAAUGCCGUACCAACACAACAACCUGAUGUCUCUGAUGAACAUGCUCCAACAGCAGCAUCCAAAUACGGGGGUGUUCCUCAUUGAGAACCAUAUUUUCCCCAAAAAUCACUUUGAGCCAAGUGGGAGGUUUCACCUGCCGCAAUGGAACGGGGUGCCAGGAGUUAAUAUUCUGGAGCACAUCUACAGGGAGGAGCCCAAAAGUAUAUACCAUCCAUACAAGAUGAUAGUUCAGCCAAGGUUGGUGGAGCAGACUUCAGUGCACGGGGCGAUCAAGCUUAUGGGAAAAAGCUUCGAGGUUCCCCCAGGGGUCUGUCGGCUCAUUCACGUCCGCGUAGCUCUGCAGGGGGAGCUGACGGUGGAGCAGCUCAAUGUGGACAAACGGCUGUGGGACUUCCAAGAACAACUGGUUCUCAACGUGGACAAGGCGCUGAAGAGAGCAGGACUGCUGAACUCGGAGGGGCAGGGCUGAUGGAUGGAAUUUUUGCUUUUGUCUCUGGGGGAAACAUGCUUUUGCUUAUCAAAAUUGUAAAUGUAUUUCAUAGACACAGAGUUUUUCUCGUCUUAAUGCUGUCCUCAAAGGAUUUAAGGGAUCACCAAAGUUUAUCCUCAUGGGGAGUAACUGCUGUAAAUAAUGAAAGUCAGUCAUCAGAUUCAACACUGUACAAGUUUCUGGACGACAGGAUAAAUAAGGUAGAAGUGCUGAAGCAUCAUUAAGUUUAUUUUAUUAUCUCUUAUCUGUGUUUGUUUGUCUGCCUGCUGUUUAGCAGGAUUAUACAAAAACCACAGGACAGAUUAGCACUAAACAUGAAGGAUGUGAUAUUGGUCAGGAAACAACCCAACAUUGUGAGAUAGGGCAGUUUUGUAAUGUAUCUGAACUGCCAACAUACAAGACAAGGUUGCCAAAACACUUAGAUUAUGCACAAACACACAUGCAUACACACAUAAACUGUAUAUAUACAUAUAAACAGUACAUACAUACACACAUAUCAAUACUUUCAUGUUUGCAAAUGCAAAAUAUCAGGCUCUGGCCAUUUUUUAUCAUGUCUCAGAUGUAAGUGAGUCUGAGUGUGAAAAAUGUUUGGGUUCUUCAUCAGACCAGCAGCAGCAGCAGCGGCGGCGGCAGCGGGAAAUGUGAAUGAAUAACAAUAGCACAAUGAUUUCUGUUCCCUUUUAGUCAAUUGUUAACUUCUUGUUUUGCGGCUGCAUUGUUUCCAGGGACAGGUGGAAAUGAUAUUGGCUCAGUGCUCUACAGAAACAAACCGUUAAAACAGCUGACAAGGAUCUUCAGGGAAAUGACCUGGUGUGUUAAGUGUCUGAUCUUAGAGAUAACAUGAAGUCUUCACAAAAGAUAAUCUGAAAACUACUCAGGUUUCAAUAUUUUACCAGGUCAGAGUCAAUAUCACUUUUAAGCAUUUUUUCAACUUUUGAGCCUGAUCGAUGUCGGGUCAAAUUCUGAUAGUACUUAAUAGUAAUUACUGCUGUAAUAACUGUCAUUUAUUUAUUUAUUUUGCUCAUAAUUUAUUCAUACCCAUUUUACCACAGUUAUAUUUAGUCAUGUCUAACCCUAACCCUAAUUUUGCAUCUUGUCUUUUGUGUCUUACUCUCUGUGA